CUUCCUUUAGCCGCGACUUUGGCCAUGCAGCCGCCGAGACCUAUUUGAUCACUCGUCUUUCCUUCAAGCUUCUUAGCUAUCUCGGGGUAGGUUAUCGUUGGAUUACACGACUUCUUGCUCUUGGUAUAUACGCUAUGCUGCUUAUGCCUGGAUUUCUCCAAAUUGCGUUUUAUUACUUCUUCUCACCCAAUGUACGAAGAAGUGUUGUUUAUGGGAGUCAACCAAGAAAUAGAUUGGACUUAUAUUUACCAACUGAUAGAAAUGGUUCAAAGCCGGUUGCAGUAUUUGUCACUGGUGGGGCAUGGAUUAUUGGGUACAAAGCAUGGGGUUCUCUCUUGGGGAAACAGUUAUCUGAACGUGAAAUCAUAGUAGCGUGUCUUGAUUACAGAAAUUUUCCACAGGGAACGAUAGGUGAUAUGGUGGAAGAUGUUUCUGAGGGGAUCUCAUUCAUAUGCAACAAUAUUGCUGAAUAUGGAGGUGAUCCAAACAGAAUUUAUCUCAUGGGUCAAUCUGCUGGUGCACAUAUUUCUUCAUGUGUUCUUGUGAAGCAGGCAAUUAAAGAAGCAAGAGGGGAAAUGGUUUCUUGGAGCGUUUUGCUCAUUAAGGCUUAUUUUGGCUCAUCUGGGGGGUAUAGUUUACCGAACUUAGUUGAUCACUUCCAUGGUAGAGGGUUAUACCGUUCUAUAUUUUUGAGUAUAAUGGAAGGUGAAGAGUCAUUGCAAAGCUUCUCCCCAGAAGCUUUGGUGCAGGAUCCAAGCGAUAAGGCUGCAGUGUCAUUGCUGCCUCACAUUAUCCUUUUCCAUGGUACUGAAGAUAAGUCCAUACCUUGUCAAGAAAGUAAAAGAUUUUUGAAUACCCUUUUGCGAGUAGGGGCUCGAGCAGAACUGAUAUUGUAUGAGGGGAAAACCCAUACAGAUUUGUUUCUUCAAGAUCCACUAAGAGGUGGCAAAGAUGAUCUUUUUGACUACGUGGUUGCCCUAAUACACGCUGGUGACAAAGAAGCUUUAGAUCGGGAUGCUAGCGCACCGCCAAGAACACGACUUGCUCCUGAGAUUUUGUUAAAGUUGGCUCGAUGGAUCAGCCCCUUUUAAAAAGGUAUCACCUUUGUGGUUCUUAAAAAGCAAUAGAGCUUAGGCACCACUGGGGGUCCUUUCCAACAGAGCUCUGAAGUGAAGUACAUUGCAGCAGGGAGAGGUGAUAGUAUUUAUGAUGAUCUUUAUACUGUAUUAUAAUAUACUAGUAUGCUUAUGACUUGUAUGCAUGCAACUUUUACUAGUGUAUAUUAUUUAUAUAUUUAUAGUUUUUAAAAUAUUUAUUCAUCAUCUAUUGUUCGAGAUUUGGAAAUGGAUGUUGUUUGGCACCUCUUGGAAAUUAGGCAUUUGAUGCUGUCUUUUCAGGUGUGUGUGUGUACGCAAUUUAGGUCGGUUGCAAUUGAGAUGACUGAGAAACUAAAAACUACAUCUCAAAGUAUGCCUGUUGGCUGUUGAUAUUGAGAAAAUUGGAUGUGAAUGAUACUUGUUCCAUACUUUCA